AUGAAGACCCCAACUACUAUCCAGUUGCAGGAAGCUCCAAUCCAGACUCCUGCUAGCAUGGAACAACCAACUACUUCAGAAUCUGCAAGUCAAAAAAGUAGAUCUGAAGAAAAUACUGUUCAAGACACUAUUCAAGAUCCCCCCAACUUCACUAUUCAUCAUCCUAAAUCCUCCUCCCCUAUCAUCACCAAUCCUGCUUCAUCUUCCUCUAUCCCAUUACCCUCAAACCCGGCCGCCCCUCAACCCACUAACGAUCUACCUACUCCUCCCCUAAACCCCCUCCCUCCAUUUCCAAUUACCACUCAAGACGCCCCAGCUUCUAACGUCCCAAAGCCUUCUGCCUCUCGCUCUAACCUGCCACCAAAAAAGAAACCUCAGCCUCCCCCUCAGACGUAUGCUCAGAAAGCAAGUGUCAGCAUUGAUAGAUCUCUAAAAAGACUAGCGCCUACCUCCACUUCUCUGGCGGGGAAACCUCAAGUUGUUGUCCCUGAUGCUGUAUUUCAAAGAGGUGCUGAAAUACACAAAGAAUAUCUAAUUGGUACUUUUCUUGGCAAGAUACCUGACUAUGGUCCUAUACAGAGCGUACUGAAUUUCAUGUGGGGAAAAGGAGUCAAGCUUGAAAUUCAUCUCCAACCUCUGAAGCGCUCCUUCCUGGUUCGUAUAGCAAAUGAUUUUAUACGUACUAAAGUGCUUGAGAAGCGUCUGUGGUAUGUUGGAACCUCAAUGUUCUACGUUUCUCAAUGGGGAUCUGCUACCUCAAGUGUUAUCCCGGAGAUAGUCUCUAUACCUCUUUGGGCUCAUCUAUCAGGCGUGCCCUUUGACCUGCGAACAAAGGAAGGACUUAGUCUUGCAGCAGGUCUAGUUGGUGAACCGAUUGAGACUGAUGACUACACCAAAAACUUUACUGACCUCAAUAUAGCUCAUGUAAAGGUGGAGGUUGACCUUACCAAACCUCUUCCAUCUUCAGGUGAGCUAGUCCGUCAGAAUGGUGACGUCAUUCCUAUUGAGAUAGAAUAUCCAUGGACCCCUCCAUCUUGUACGCACUGUACCCGUAUUGGACAUAUCAAGAAUGACUGUACUUUUCCUCCUCCAACAAAUGCUGAGAUGGAAACUAGUCAUUCUUCACAAGUAGGGGUUCCGGAUCCUCCUGAUGAUGAUGAGUGUGUUCUUGUUGCUGACCCUAUUGUACCUGUAACACAAGCAGAGUCAGUGUCAGAGACCCAAGAAGAUGUAGAGAUGGAACAAGAUUCUGAAAUUGCAGCUAUUAUUACAACUGGGUUCCUGAUCCACCAGAUGAUGAUAUGCAUUUAA